AGUCCUAAACAGCUGCAUCACAUCUUGAUUGCUUCAUUUCAAAUGCAUCGUGGUGGUGUUCAGAGGCAAAAUUACCAAAAUUGUGUCACUGUCCAAAUACUUAUGGACCUGACUGCCUGCGUUUUGAGGUUGUCCUCUAGAAGCUUUGUUUUAUCGAUGUAAAUUAUCACAUCACCGUGGCGUCUCAUAUAAAUCUGAGAAAUAAAAAGGCACAUUAGUCCAUCUCCUACAUACAGAGAACGCGUGUAUAGUUUAAAAGAAGAAACAGCUGAAAACGCGAGCAGCUGCAUUUCAGCGUCAGCUGCAUAACACUCCUGCGUCCCAUGCCGCCUACAAGCCCCCGAGCCUGUGCGCAUGCGUGCGAAGGGGGCGGAGUCGUUCAGGAAACGGUGAAUGGCUGUUAUGGCUAACUAGCUAGUCAGAUGGGUGAAGAGAAAUUGUAAAGCGCUCGUUUCAGGGUACUGAAUAAACGCAGAUGUCUACAGUCCGGUUUUUAAUGCACUUAGGAACUAUAUUGAUGCCUGAACCAGUGUCCUCGCUUGCCUAGCUUGGCCUCCGCAGCCACUUGCCCAUUGAGUUAUCCGCCUGGAGGAGUGGGAGAAGCCGUUAGCCCUGCUCUCACUAGGCUCUGAGCUAACCACACAGCUAACCUCGCUAAGUUAGUAUGCCCUCUGAUUUCAUAGCUCUUCUAAGCACGGAUAUCGACCUCAAUUCACCCAAAUCUCUGUAUUCAAAAGGUAAGCAUGUUGUCCUUAGGGAUAUUUUAUUACUCAGUUUAUUCGUGAUAGACUAAAUCCAUUUAGGAAGGCAUUACUGUGGUAAUAUUUAGCCUCUCUGAGCAGCUAGUUAGCUAGCUAGCUCACUGUAGCCAGCCAGCGCGCGCUCGUGUGUGUUGUGUGUGUGCGCGCGCGCGCGCGUGCGUGUGUGUGCGUGUCUGUGUGUUGUGUUGUGUUGCCUGACGGUGGCGGUGUGUUUUUGUUUUCUUACACUUGAGUGCAGUUUGUUUCGGUGACAGCUUCGCGCCAGCUGUACCGUCCUUCACUAAGGCCAAGGACUUGUGUUUACUAAUUAACCUUGAACAGAGAUUAGAUGAAAGAGCUAUGCGUGCGGAUUAUUAUUUUAAGAAGGAUAUAUUUCUGAAUAGGAAGAACUAUUCAGGCUGCAGCCUUGUGUUUGUUUCAGUCUGUGCUUUGUGGAGCAGACUGGGUGUGAGGAGGCCACCACUGGACUUAAAGAGAAACCAAAACUGGUGUUUCACUGAUUUCUGGACAUGUCCUUUAGACAGUACAAUAGUAUAUCUAAAAAAAAAAAAACUGGUUUCUUAAUUGUAUUGUUCGCCACUUCUGGGAAAACAAUUAAAAUUUUUUGAUGACACAUUCCUGUACUAGUCUUGUGUUCAUCCAAUGAAAUGCCCUCUAGAUAAAUGUCCCGCCUCCCGGAGGCGGGUUUUGCUCUACAGUAUCGCCUCAUUAGCAGCAAACAUGGUUUGUCUGUGCUUUUUUGGCUUUCUGUCCUCACGCACUCUAUUCCCUUUACAAACCAUUGAGAAAGAAAGAACCCAUUGAACCACUGAGACUGGAAAAAGAAAAGGUUGGAGUUUAUUCAUUUCACAGUUAUGGAACAGACACAUUUAUAAAUUUAUUUAUUUAUUAAAUUCUGGAUUAUCCAGCACUUAGUUCGGGUCCACUAAUCUGAUCGGGCAAGCACGUUCCAAGAGUGCUGAUAUUUAGUAUAACAGCACUGGUACAUUUUGCUGUUUGUAUCAUGCCACAUUUCUGUGUUCGCUAAUAAAAUUACAAUUCUAUAGAAAGUUCAUUACUCUGAAGCUGCUCUAACACUUACUUGUGGCUGUCAGUCAGCCAGUCAUGCAACGCCCUAUCCAGCUGCGGCUUUUUUGGGAACUACUUCUGUUGACAGAGCAAAAAUAAACAAAAUAUUUGGCCAUAUUAUAUCUGAAAUUUCCUGUUUAUAGAACUGUCAUAUAAAAGUAAUAAUCACACUCGCAAUCAAGCUGUUCUAGUGAAUAUCAGAAUGGCUGUCAUUAUCUGUGGCAUAUUCAGUAUAACAACACUCGUGCUCACGCAAUAUAUUUUGCUACCUCUGAUGUGAUUGAGGAUGUGACUGUCUUUACACACCGUUCCUUUUUCUCCAUUAGUAAGAGUAAAUAAUAUAAUUUUAUCUACCAUUCAGACACAUCAGAUGUCUCGUGGUGAUGACCAUGCUCUCCAUCACCAUCAGUGCUGCUGACAGACAGCUGAGACAUGUACAGCAUAAGUCCAAAAACAGUUGAAAAACUGCUCUCGCUAAACUCUUUACUGUUCAGACUCAGCUAGUUUGCUAAGUCUGUUUAGAUUUGACAGGAGUGUGGCUUAUCUCAGACACUACUGGCUGUUAUGUAAAUCAGUCAAGCAUGCUGUCACUCUGACUUCCUGUUUCAAAAGGAAAUACAUCAACAUGCAGAAUGAAAUCACGGCUCUCCAGCCAUUUUACGAGGACUGUGAUGGAGUCCUAACUAGAUAUUGGGUCCACGCCAUAAGUCUACUGCGUAUUUGCUCAGUGGCAAUGGAAAUAAGCAUGCUCAACUUAACAACACAUUGAGGAAAUAUGGUGCAGCAUGGGUACAGCUAGGUGAUGGAGCAUUUCAUUCAUUCAUUCAUUCAUUCAUUCAUUCCUCUUCAGUAACAGUUUUAACGUGGUCAGGGUCAUGUUGGAUUUAUUGCAGGGCACAUUAUAUGCACACACACUCAUUCACACCUACAGGCAAUGUAGAGUCACCAGUUUGCCUCAUGACAUGUUUUUGGGAGGUUGGAGGAAACCAGAGGAAACUCACACUGGCAUAGGGAGAACAUUUAGAGAAACUCAGCACAGACAGUAACCAACCUCAGGAUCAAACCGGAGACCGUGGAGCAUUUUAGCUACUCUCAGUUGUCCAUGUACACCAACCUUUCCAUGUUGCACAUACAGCCUGUAUUGGCCUCUGAUUAAUUAAUUUCCAUAUCCACGUAUCCAUCCGUUUCCAGGCGUGCGUUUUGAGUUUAACAAGCAAACCAUGGCCCUCUAUCUAUUUAAGGAAGCACCUGUUUGCUCCUGCAACACUACCCAUACCAUUGUGUUUACUGUCGUAUUAAACUGUUCUGCAGCGCUGUAACCUUGUAGCGCUCGAGUGCGUUCUCAGCAGACAGGGUUAUCCCUGUUUGUUUAGAUCCUGGGUGACUAGAUGAAAGGUGUGUGUAAAUCAGCGGGUACAGAAUCUAGAGCUCUAGUUGUAUCUGUACGAAUCCUUUGCACCAGAUUUAAUCCCUAAAUUAAAAUAAAAAUAAAUUAAAAAGAAAAAUGCAGCCUGAGCAGAAUUCGAUAAUUCUUUAAUGCCUUUGCAGCAGUGGUGCCAUUUUGGCAAAUAUGUCUCCAAAUUGAGUGACUUUCUGAUCGUCCCUGUGAUUUUAAGAAUGUUUUGUGACACUUAGAACUUUCUGCUAUUCAGAAUAUAUAUUUUACAACAAUUUCAACACAGAUGGUGAUUAAAAAAAAUCUGGAAUGUCACUGAGUUUGCAAACCUGUAUGACUACAGUGAUGUAGCCUGAUUUCUCCUAAUUGCUCAUUCAGGACCAACAAACUUGACCAGAAACAAUGCGCUUGUGUGUGUUUUGUUCAUUUGUAGCAACCUACACAUUUUGUAAAUGCAGGCAUACUUUUGAUUUUGGCUGAAAGCAUAGUGUCACACACACAUGCACAUACACACACAUUUUGGUAAAUGCUUUUGCACAGAUUACUGGUUUAUUGUUUUUGUUUGUUUACAGCAUAAACAAGACAUAGAACAGGGUGAAUUUUUAUAUCACUGGGAGAAGACAGACAGUAAAACAUUUACAUGUCUGAAGGUUAGAUAUAGUAUAAUGAGCAUCUUAAUGCAAGCCUCAUGAUAUGAAUGUACUAUGAAACAACUCAUUUAUUAGCAUUAAUACUACGGGCAGGUACAGUGGCACAGUGGGUCUCAUUAUUGCUGCUUCACAGCUCCAGGGACCAGGGUUCGAACCUAAGCUUGGGUUACUGUGUGUGUGAAGUUUCACAUGUUCUCCCUGUGUUCACAUCAGUUUCCUCUGGGUUCUCCAGUUUCCACUCGCCUGCCAAAAACAUGCAGAUAGGCGGACGGGCUACUCUAAGGCCCCGUUCACACUUGGCAUUAACAUGCAUCCAGGCUGAUUGGAUCACAGGUGCACAGCACUAAGGACAGGCGCGAGCAGGGUCAAAUAUGUCUCAGAGAUGCACUGUGAGCCAAUCACUCAAACCACAUUACUGGGAUACAUAUGGCCACGUCACACUUGUAGUGUGAACGCGAAUACGUCUUGAUGCAUCCCCCUACAGCAACGAUGGUCCAACCAAUCAGCUGCAUCAUUGCCCUAGCCGGAAAAUAUAUAAUCAUUGCGAGACUGUCUGGAAAUCCUGCUGAAUGGCAGAGCUCUCUACUACUAGACUUGUGGAUAAUGGUGAUGCUAUAACAGCAGCUGCUUUUCAUACCAUUAUUCAUCGGCUCAUCUCUCAUUCAUUUAUACGUUUCGUUAACAGACCAUGUGAUUAACGAUUAAAAUGUAUGAAGCAGUGCAUACAGGUACAAGAUACGAUUCGUGGGAUAUUUCUGCCUGAAAAUGAAUACAGUGGAAGACUGUUGUAAUGAAUGCGCGUGACAGCCUUUCUCCAGAGGAAAUGAUGUACGAAAUCCGAUCACAAGUGGUCACUGAAGACACGUUCAUAAUGCCAGGUGUGAAUGGCUGUGCGUCUCGGCUGUCCACUUGUCAUGCGAUCACCCAGGAUGCACGUCAAUGCCAGAAGUGAACAGGGCCUAAAUUGCCUCAGGUGUGAAUGAGUGUGUGAAUAUUUCUCUGCAAUGGACUGGCGUGUUCCCAGUGUUCCUGGAAUAAGCUCCGGAUCCUGACACUGAUCAGGUAAAAGCAGUUACUGAUGAUGAAUCAGUUAAUUAAUACUGCGAGGGGUAAUUGUAAGAAUUGUUCUCUAAAUGAUAUAUUUCAAAAGCCCACCAAGUUCUGUUCCAUAAGUACCCAUGAAGGUGUCAUUUAAACUAUUAAAAUCAUUAAAUAAUAAAUUGAUUAUUAUGCUCCUUUGAAUGGUUAUGAAUAUGUAUGAUUUGCACAUUGGAAACACCCUCAUGUCCUCCUGCCAUCCCGACCCCAGUACCUACAGUCUACUACGCUAUUCCACAAAGACCAGCAUCCCUGUAUGUUUGAACCUCACACGGACCCAGUCUGAAGUGGACACAUCUGUUCACCAAAAUCAGGGAGUUGUCCUAUUAGAACGGUGAGUUUAGUUAUUUAUUUGAGUUUAAUGACAUUUUCCUGAGCUUCUCUACAACCAUACUGUAUAUUGCAUGUAGCACGUGUAAAACAUGGCUGGUUUCAUUUGUCAAAGGUAGACACAAGUGGGAUUCGACUGCUGUAGUCUUGAUUUGUAUUGCCAUAUAUAGUGUAUAUAAAUAAUCAAACCUGUUGUAGUGUAUUAUAACAGUUAAAAUUUAAUCAGCUUAGCAGUUUAUUCAGGUUGUCCUCUAAUGCGUAGGACAGCAUAUCAGUUUAUGAUUGGUUUUAAGUGUUAAACUUUUUUUAAAAUUUUUUUUUCUAAAACCAAGCUCAGAUGUAGCCUCCAAAUCACAUUUUACGUAAUCAUACUAAGCCACUUAAGGGGAGUUAAAUAUAAUAAUAUAAAAAUCACAUUUGGAAUGCAAGGCAUCUUUAUACAUUUGUGAACUAAAUGCCAAUACCAGUAUGGUUACAAAUACUGUUCAUUUGUCAACCUCUGGACAGAAAAUGAUCUAUGUUUAAGCAGUCCUGCACUGGAUGCCUCCUUCAGUCAGAACAGACCCGCCGCCACUAAUAAAAUAAAGAGUUUCUUAUUGUGUGGAGGCUUAUAAUUUUGCUCUUACAGUAAUGGUUAUUAUUGAUGUUAUUAUUAAUGUUUUUAUUUUCUGUAUUUUUUUGUAGUUUUACUGUGGUGGUUUCUCUACAGUUCCCCCAUUAUCCUCAUCUAACCAGAGUCAGUGUAUGACCUCCUGCCUAAAGAACUUCAGCUUCCUCUAGCCUCACAGGACAGCCACAUCAUGAGCCAGAAGAGUGGUGGAGAGGCAGGCCCUCUUCCCUCUGCUGCAGUGGCUUCAGAUGCAGUCACUGCCGGUGUUGUUUCAUCCUCCCCUGGAGGGCACAACAGUGCUUCUUCCUGUCCCAGCAUGCACUGUGCUACUUCAGCUCCAGAGCAGUCUUCCAGGCUCCACUGUCUCCCUGUCGAGGUUCUGGGAGCGGAGCCUGGUUCAGCUUCUGGUAUCAGUGGGACUGGUGGGAAUGAUGGUGUCGGAGCAGCGGCCCAUCAGACACCCUCAAAGCGACGCACUGUACUUAACAUCUCUCCACCGCCAGAAGACCUGCUUGACGACAGCCGCAUGUCCUGCCAGGAUGAGGUAACACUCAACCCAGACUCUGAGCAGAGCGGCAGCAUAUGGAUGGACGACUCCGUUUCAAACUUUAGCAUGCUGAGCAACAGUUCGUACAAUGACAACACUGAGGUUCCUCGGAAAUCCCGUAAGCGAACUCCCCGCCAGAGGCCAGGCCCGAAGCCUGUGGCCAGAGAUGAAUCAACCAUGGAUGUGUUUGAUGCUGACAGCGCUAAAGCUCCACACUUUGUACUUUCACAACUUGGCUCUGAAGGAAAGGGCAGUCUCAAAGGGAGCACCCUGGAGGUGGCUGGCAGUCAGAAAGGUGGAAUUCUUUCAACACAGUAUCCGCAAAAGAGUGAGGGGAAAGAACUAAAGAUUCUAGUACAGCCUGAGACACAACACCGAGCACGAUACCUUACAGAGGGCAGCAGAGGAUCCGUCAAAGACCGCACACAGCAAGGCUUCCCCACAGUCAAAUUAGAGGGUGUGAAUGAACCAGUUGUUCUCCAAGUGUUUGUGGCUAAUGAUGCUGGACGUGUAAAGCCUCAUGGCUUCUAUCAAGCAUGUAAAGUGACUGGACGUAACACGACGGCCUGUAAAGAGGUGGAUAUCGAAGGGACCACAGUUAUUGAAGUGAGCCUUGAGCCGAGCAACUCCAUGACUUUAGCAGUGGACUGUGUUGGGAUAUUGAAAUUGAGGAAUGCAGAUGUUGAAGCCCGAAUAGGAGUGGCUGGCUCUAAAAAGAAAAGUACCCGGGCUCGUUUAGCAUUCAGAGUUAACAUCCCCAGACCGGAUGGCUCUGUCCUCACCCUGCAGACCCUUUCUUCGCCAAUCCUCUGUACCCAACCUGCUGGAGUGCCUGAAAUUCUCAAAAAGAGUCUUCAUACCUGCUCAGUGACUGGAGGAGAAGAAGUCUUCAUUAUUGGCAAGAACUUCCUUAAGGGAACCAAAGUUAUUUUUCAGGAAAUUGCCACAGAUGAUAGCUCGUGGCAGGCUGAAGCAGAGAUUGACAUGGAACUUUUCCAUCAAAAUCACCUAGUUGUAAAGGUGCCUCCUUAUCAUGACCUGACAGUGACCUCACCUGUAUCAGUUGGAAUCUCUGUGUUGACAAAUGCAGGAAGAACACAUGACCUACAGUCUUUCACCUAUACUCCUCAGCCAGAAAAAGUUGAUGUUCCAGUGAAGUCAGAAUUGUCAGUAACAGCCAAGCCUUGCACUUUUGAAGAGCAGAUAAAUGCAAUGCAAACUGGCGCCAACAGUCUUAACAAUACCUUGAUGGCCCCAAUGAUAUCCAUAGUCAAAAGGGAAGAAGUAACCCCAAUGGAAAUCUCUACCAAUUCUACGACAUCUAACAUUUUUAAGCCUGCAGAGGUCCUUAAUUCAGACCCACAGAUUUUGGAAAUUACCACCAUACUUCCUACUAGCCCUGUGCCUCUGCCAUCUGUUGACUCUCAACAGUCAGUGCCCCCAAUGUUUGUACCUCCUCCAGAACCCCUUACAGCAAUUCAGAAACAGGAUAUACCCCCUACGCCUUCCUUUCAAGUCUCCUUGUCAGAAGACGCCACUGUUCUUCAGCCCGUGCCCCCACAGGUCCCUCAGCAGUUCUUGAGGGAAACCCCUGAGACUUUGUCACCAGAAGACAACAGUCCAGAUGGCACAGGAAUGGUGGUAAUGGGGAUGGAGUCUAGGCCUCCCCCUUCCCAGCAACCCCAGGUCCAGAACAUUUUGCCUCAAGAUGAGGUAGAACAGCUGGAAAGAGCUGUUAGGGAGUUGCAAGAACAACAGCAACUUAAUUCUGUGAUUUAUGAUUCAAACCCUUCUGCUGAAAACCUCCAGCAACAUGUCCAGGAAAACAUGAACAGUUUAAGGCUGGGUGGCAACGAGAACACUUUGACCAAUCAACAGCAGCAGCAACAAGAACAUAAUAUAUUACAGAAUCUGCAGCAUCAGCAUCAAAAAGCUCUAGUUGAUCUGCAGCAUCAACAAACAUUCUUGAAGAAUCUGCAACAGCAACAAAAGGUCUUGGAGAACUAUCAGCAACAGCAACAGUCACAUCAGAAAGUUCUGGAAAACCUGCAGCACCAGAAGGUUCUUGGGGAUAUUCAGCAACAAAGCUCUUUGGUGAAUAUUCAGCAUCAGAAAGUACUUGAUAAUCUGCAACAGCAACAACAGCAUCAGCAGAAUCUAGAAAAACUUCAGCAAGAGCAACAACAUCAAGAGGUCUUGGAAAACUUGCAGAAACAGUUACAAUCAGAACUCUUACAGCCACAGAUUCCCAUGCAAUGCACACCAAGUUACCCUGUAGUACCACAAGAUCAAAUGUCUGAGCAUCAAAGCACCACGCAGAUAGAUGGCUCUCUGUCACAGCCAUCUGAUGGUUUUCUCCAGAAUUCAUCCCCACAGCCACAGCAGCAAACACUUUUUCAACAGGCCAGGGGGCUACUGACUAUUCAGACAUCUAGCUUUCUUCAGCAGCCACCCUCCCAAACCUCACCUCCUCAGCAGCUGUUUCAGAGUCACACACCUAUUACUGACACACAGGAACCACAGACAGGGCUCUUUGGCACUUCUAAAGCUACCCAGGUCCAACCAGCUUUAUUUCCCAAUACAGUCACAAUGCUGACAAGCACUAACUUAUCUUCUGAGCAACAGGCUCCCUCAACUACCCUGUUCAUUUCUCAGGGUGUACUGCAUAGCCAGAUAACAUCCAAUAAUUCUCAAAAUCAACAACAGCAACAAAUCGCUUUUCUCACUCCCAUGGAAACGUCAACCUCAGCAACCCAGUCAGUGUCACUUUUUCAGGGACAACCCCAGUUGUCCACUCCAAUGGAGCAGCACUCUUCCCAGUCUCAGCAAAUACCAACACCUCAGCAAGCUUCCCUGUUCCAGAAUAUUUCUACAAUAUCCCAAAGUCAGGGCCAGCAGCAACCACAGCCUGGCUUACUGUUCUGUGCUACUCCUGUUAAUCCUCAAGACCUCCCUCAGACUCUCCUGUUCAGUACCCAGAACCAGGGUCCAAUGGGUGGCAACCCACUGCCACAAAAUAUCUUUCAGGAGCAGCAACCCAUGCAGGUAGUCCCAAGCCCUGGUAAUAUUACAGCAGACAACCCCACAAGUCAGUCUACAGUCUCCUCCUCACAGUCAACACAAAGUCCACAGAUUCUUUUUCCCCAAGCCAGUGUGGUGAAUGUGGCUCAGCAAGAUUCAACAGAGCCUAUGUCUUUUCAAGAUGAGACCUCUGUUGUGGGUCACUCGUCUGCUGGUAUGCCUACAACCCAGCCAGGACUCUUUCAGGACCAGCAACCUAUGCAGGUUGUCCCAAGUGCUAGUAACUGUGCCUCUGUCCCUUCCACAGACCAGGGCACUGUUAAUAUUUUUUUGCCACAGGCAGCCAUUUCAGCGCUCCAAAGUGGUGUAGGCACUCAAGAGUUACCUCAGACUGCUACAGCAACUGCCAUGUUUAGUGGUCAGGGUGGAGUGGCAAUUGGAGGGUUGCAGAGCUCCCCGGCCACAUCCAGUCAACAGAAUCCAGAUUCGAUUUUUCAGACAGCUUUAGGGGGAACCCUCAACCAGCCUGGACAGCCAGGACAAACAGGCCUAUUUAUUUUUGAAAUCCCCACUGAAUGUGGUCCGUUAUUAACCCCUCCUGGUCCUACGUUGACAGACCAACUUGUCACCAUGGGGCAUCCUAGAUCAGAUCACAACCAGAACCAGCUUCAGAACAGUGCUCAGAUUCAUAGUUUACUAGAGCAGUCCAACAACCUCAGCGAGAAGAUCGAUGAACUACUAGAGCAGUUUGAGGAACAAGGGAAGACGCUUCCCAGGGACUUCUUACAACAGUAAAAUGCAUUGAAACGUCACCUUGGUAAGUCUUCUUGAGCUCAGUUUUGAGCUCACAGACACAAGAGUGACUUGGGCAACUUGAAGGAUCUAAAUUUUUAAAGCCUUUAAUAUGUGUUUAAUGGAUUAUGUAGGCUGUUACAGGGGGUAUAAUCAUGGAACCAAAUAAUUGGGGCCAAUAAAAUGUUUUGUCAAGUCAGUGUUGUGAUCUGUCAUGGCAUUUCAUAUUUCGGCGGUAAUGUCAUGUUGACAAAUUCCGUCUCUUGUUAUACGUUAUCAUCUUCCAUCUGUCUAACAGAAGCUGACACAAGUUAUCUAGCAAAACUGUUGUCAAUCUGAUGUAAUACUUUGGACUAAUUCAUUGUCUGUGAAUUUUUAGAUGGUGUGUUUAGCACUUUAUUGAGUUUUUGAAGUGAGUUACAUGCUUUUUAGCUUUCAAACCAUUUGUAUCCAUAUUUGCCUCUUUUUAUAGUCUUUCCCAAAAGAUCCUCUAUUUUGUACCAGCUCAGUCAUACUUACUCUCCAUUUUCAUAUUAACCUAUAUAACGAGCCAUGGUUACUGCUUUUUUUUAGGUGAUUGUAUGCAGCGUCCUCAUUAGUCUCAAUCCAUACGUUAUGUUUAACAUUUACUGUACAUAUUUGUAUAAAUGAUAUUUUUGAUUGUCAUCUAAUAUAUUUUAUAAAGAAGCGGUCCAUCUUUAAUCAUUCCUGUCAUGGACAUGUUAUAUCACUUGUGUACAUUGUUACAUAAUGAUGAUGUGUCAGAUACAUACAUAAGCUAGCCUGGUGGACUGCCCUAAAACUCAAGUUAGUUUCCAAUAUAUAGUACGUAAUAAAUAGCAAGGUGUUACUGUUGGACCUCAGAAGGACAUUGGCAAUGUCCACAUAAUCUUAAGCAGUGAUCUAUUUAGAUGGAAUAUUUAGUCCAAUUGUCAGUUUCAGGAUAUUCCACCAAGCUAUAGAUAUGCAUGCCCAUGACAUAGUGUGUAUACUGUGUGUCUCUGUGUGUGUGUGUUUUGUGUUCAAUAGAAGCAAAUAGUGUAUUGAUAUUUGUACCAUGUUACAUGAGUUUCAAUCCAUGUUUUUAUAUUAAACGCAUUAGAUGUACCGUUAAAUUGGGCACUAGCUACUGGAAAGAUUUAUUAAUGUGAAAGGUUGAUUGAGCACCAUGUCAUUCAUUUAUUAUGUUGGAUUUGGUAAAUGAAGUUGUACAGGGUUUAUUUUUAAACGCGUUGACAUAGUGGUGCUACUUUGUUUACAUAAAUUACAUAAAUAACCAUUGUUAUAUCAACCUUUGGCCUGAUAUUAUUACAAAAUGCUUUGUUUCUAAAGCUUGUGGUCACGGUUUUUAUUUUCGGUCCCUGCUUUCUCUGAUGUUAUUGGCCUAUUUUCUCUUAUUGGGAGACUUUUUGACGAUUUUCAUUUUGUUAGAUGACAACUUCCCCACAAUCAUAAAUGUUUACAGUUUCCCAUUAUUUAAAAAAAACAAAACAAUAAAAACAGUGUUUUCAUUUCCAGAAGCACCUUUUGCUUUGACAAUGUUCGCAUGCAAAUAAAUUUUGUUUAUAGAAAUGUAAAUUCCUCCAAAAUACAUUUGCAUUGUAUGAUUUAUUUCCCUUCCCUUCCCUAAUUUGUCCAUCAUUGUAUAGUCAUUGGUCAUCUAAUUAUGUAUUUAACACUUGCUGCAAACUCUAUAAAAAUAACACUGUAGUUGUAGUGAUAUUGUUUUCCUCUGUGUACUAUUUGUUUGGUGUGUUGUGCUGUCUAUGUAGUAAAAUGUCUGUGUUUUUUUUUUUUUUUAAUAUAUUUUUUUUUUAAACACAUAUUAAGUGAGCCAUACAUACAGUAUUUUUGUAAGUCUGAAAUUACUAAAUGUACUGUGUACAUUUCAAAAUAUUGAAUUUUGUGUCCCUUCUGCAGUACUUCAUGCAUUAUGUCACAAUGUUUUUUUGUCCCAUCACUGUGCUAUGAAGCAAACCUUCUGUGUCAUGUGAAUCUCAAAUAUUCAAAUUAGACCUGAAAAAUACAAGAGGUUUUUAUACAGGCUGAUGAUUUGGAACUUGUGUUCCAUGCAAAGUCCAAACUAAAUGGUAACUCUGAUUUCAGAGUGAAAGAAUGUGUUUUUACCUCAUGGUGUAGAGACAUAGGUUUCACACUAGAUCUAAUUAAGGACCAAUUAAAAGACACCUUUUUAUUUUUAGAAUAUGGCAGCAGAACACUUUAUGGAUGAAUUUUUUGAGUUUUGUGCGUAUAACUUUUUUUUUUGUUUGUUUUUUUUAAUCUUGGUUCGAAAGGCCAUGUCAUACAAGAGAUAACAAGCAGAAACAGGUUAAAAAAAACAGCAUUUCUGCACAGUCCAUCAUUGUAAGAACUACAUAAAAUGUUCAGUAUGUUAUGCAUACAUUCUAUGUUCUGUUCAAUUGUGCUAUUCUUAUUGGAAGUACUUUGUGCCUUUUAAAAACCGUUCCCCCUUACUUCUAAAGUACGUUUUUAACUAAAUUAGUUCUGCUUUCAAAGAAUCCAAAAGUCACAAAUUUAUUCUAAUUCCAUGUUUAACUGUCUUGUCAACAUGUUGUCUAAUCCAAAUGCAGAGAUGCAUUUGAGCUUUCUGUCAUGAAACUGCUAUGCAGCUCCACCACUUUAUUUGGACUGUUGGUUGCCUCUUAUGAUUUGCUAGAACAAGGUACAGAGCAGAAAAAAAUCAACAUACUUUUGUUUGUUAGUUCAGUGUGUGAAAUGGUUUUGCCACAAUUUUAGAGUGCUUUCAUCACUCAGCAGUAGUUUGUGUUUUUAAAGUUAAUUUUCUUCAUAUGCAUUUUACUGUGGAAUAUUACUUACCCUAGAAGUCACAGGGAUAACAGUUUACUUUUCAGUCCAUGUGAAGUAACAACAGUUAACAUAACUAUAUUUGUCUUUUGCUUUAAACCAGUACACUCCUGAAUUUGUAUACUCUUGCAGUUCUAUUUCUGUAAAAUGUGCUGCUAUCGGUAUGAAAUAAAGAUAGAUCUGAAAUUGUUC